AUGACGGGUCGGAAUCGGCCCGAGCUUAUCGUCUUUACGUUGCACUUCGGAAAGUCCGUCCGGAUACGAGCUGGAAAUGCUCUUCGCUCCUCGAGAACUGCUGGGAUGUUUAUGGAAUCCAUGCUUUGUUUCGUCCUGUACGGAUUCUUCCGCUCCUUCACUCCAGCCUUCUGCACCACGGCACACAAGAAGGCGAUACAGAGGGUCAUCAACACCGCCCAGAAAAUCAUCGGGCACCCUCUCCCAUACCUAAAGGAACUCUACAGCACCCGCUGUAUUGAUCCAUCAGUAUUCAAAAGUCACGAGAUGGUUCUGAGCCUGGCGUUUGCCCUCUCCUUCCUCCAGCGCAUGAAUAUGAAGUUGGUGGUUGUGAUAGGAACUCCUGCUGAACUGGUCAAUGAUGACGGUGCACCAGUUUCCUCUGACUGCCAGACUCUGCUGGUGAAGCAUUGCCAAGAUCUUGCUGAGGCCUUGCAGAACAGCUCUGCUUGUGUUGUUCCUUUCUUUAGUUCUGAUGUAAUGCUGCAACUUCAGGAGUCUGAGCAUGGCAGCAGAAUAUUCAUAAACGUCAGUCGUCCCUCGUGUACCUGUUCAGCUGCUGAGCUGGCACGUCUAUUGCCAAAGGACAGUCUGAGUAUAAUAGAGAAUCAUCGGACUGAAGAAUACAGACAGCACCAGAUCAGGAUGAAGAGAAGUAACACGAUUAUUCUCGCUCAACCCAACUCUCCUCUUCAAUAUCCCAUGCAUGGAGUGACAGUGAUACCCAUGAGGAAAAGUGAGAUACCAGGUUUAGCAUUACAUACAUCACGGAAAGGUCCUUACAAGGUUACUCUAAAAGUGCAGCUUGGCGUGCUGUCUGUGGACAACAACGUGGCUGAAGCAGUUGUUGAAGGGCAGAACCAGGGCACCUUAAACAUCUCCUCCACCCGACUGGCCAUUAUUAAUUAUUUGCUAAACAAAGUGACCUACACCACCAGUCACUACCACGUCAAGGCAACCGACAUGGUCUACUACACCUUUGACGAUUACACAGCACUAUUUCCCAUUAUGAUCCAACGGCCGAAAGUACCUGUCCUCAGCGAUCCCGGAAAUGAUGUCAACUCUCAGGUGACCAUCGUCACCAAGACCUUCAUAAGAUACAGGGAGUUAUACGUCCUUAUUAACAGCAUUCGUCGGUAUUAUCCAACUAUUAAAAUCAUCAUUGCUGAUGACAGCUUUACGCCAGAAAAGGUGAACGGUACCAACAUAGAGCAGUACAUCAUGCCCGGUGGUCAGGGCUGGUUCGCAGGCAGAAACUUGGGGAUCUCACAGGUUACCACCAAGUACUUCCUCUGGGUGGAUGAUGACUUUGUAUUCCAAAAUUUUACCCGCAUUGAGAGCUUUGUGGAGAUUAUGGAAGCACUUCCCGAGUUGGAUGUGCUCGGCGGUGAUGUUGGAGGAAAUCAGUUUUACUUCACACUCGCUUAUGAGGAAGGAGAUGAGAAUGAAGGUGGCUGUGCAAGUCGAAAUCAGAACAGGUGGCACAGUCCAGUCCCUGGCUUUCCAAACUGCUACUUUGUAGACGGGGUCGUCAAUUUCUUCCUGGCCCGGACCCAUUCGGUGCAACAGGUUGGGUUUGACCCUUUCCUGAAAAGAGUGGCUCAUACUGAGUUCUUCAUCGAUGGGCUUGGGACGUUGCUGGUUGCUUCCUGCAAGGGACUCUCAAUCAGCCACCAGAAGAGAGCUAACAGCAGUCUGUAUAGUAAAUACAGGACACAAAAGAAGUCAGCUGAAGUAGCGAAAGAGAAACAUCACUACUUUAAGAACUAUCUCAAGUGCAUCAGAUAUUGA